UCUCGGGGAGGCCUCGUGUUUGUGGCUGUGGAUGUCCGGCUAUGAGAAGACAGAGGAUGUUUCAGAGAAAACUUCCCUAGCUGAUCAAGAGGAAGUGAGAACUAUAUUCAUCAAUCAGCCCCAGCUAACCAAAUUCUGCAAUAAUCAUGUCAGCACUGCAAAGUACAACAUAAUCACAUUCCUGCCAAGGUUCCUUUAUUCCCAGUUCAGAAGAGCUGCUAAUGCAUUUUUUCUUUUUAUUGCAUUGCUUCAGCAAAUACCAGAUGUGUCACCAACAGGCCGCUACACAACAUUGGUUCCUCUCUUAUUUAUUUUAGCUGUAGCUGCGGUGAAGGAGAUAAUAGAGGAUAUUAAAAGGCAUAAAGCUGAUAAUGCUGUGAACAAGAAACAAACUCAAGUGCUACGAAAUGGUGCAUGGGAGAUUGUCCACUGGGAAAAGGUGGCAGUAGGGGAAGUAGUGAGAGUGACCAAUGGGGAACAUCUCCCAGCUGAUCUCAUCAGUCUGUCAUCAAGUGAACCACAGGCCAUGUGCUACAUUGAAACAUCUAACUUAGAUGGUGAGACAAACUUAAAAAUUCGACAGGGUUUGCCACUAACAGCAGACAUCAAGGAUGCAGAAAGCUUGAUGCAGCUCUCUGGCAGAAUUGAGUGUGAGAGCCCAAACCGACACCUCUAUGACUUUGUUGGAAACAUCAGGCUGGAUGGGCAUGGUACUGUUCCAUUGGGAUCUGAUCAGAUUCUUCUACGAGGAGCUCAGUUGAGAAAUACUCAGUGGGUUCACGGGAUAGUUGUCUAUACUGGACAUGACACAAAACUUAUGCAGAAUUCAACAAGUCCACCUCUUAAAAUGUCUAAUGUGGAACGAAUUACGAAUAUUCAGAUUUUGAUUUUGUUCUGCAUCCUUAUUGCCAUGUCUUUGAUCUGCUCUAUUGGUUCAGCUAUAUGGAACCGAAGGCAUACUGGAAGAGACUGGUAUCUUGAUCUAAAUUAUGGUGGAGCAAGCAACUUCGGAUUGAAUUUCUUGACUUUUAUCAUUCUCUUCAAUAAUCUUAUUCCAAUCAGCUUGUUGGUUACACUUGAAGUCGUUAAAUUUAUCCAAGCAUAUUUCAUAAAUUGGGACAUAGACAUGCACUAUGAACCUACGGACACUGCUGCGAUGGCUCGUACUUCCAAUCUCAAUGAGGAGCUUGGACAGGUCAAAUACAUAUUUUCUGACAAAACGGGUACCCUGACAUGCAAUGUCAUGCAAUUUAAGAAGUGUACGGUAGCAGGAAUUGCAUAUGGCCAUUGCCCUGAGCCUGAGGAUUAUAGUAUUCCUUCAGAUGAUUGGCAAGGCCCACAAAAUGGAGAAGAAAAAACAUUUAGUGAUGUAUCAUUACUGGAGAACCUUCAGAACAACCAUCCAACUGCACCUAUAAUAUGUGAGUUCUUGACAAUGAUGGCAGUGUGUCAUACAGCAGUUCCAGAAAGAGAAGGAGAUAAAAUUAUAUAUCAAGCAGCAUCUCCAGAUGAAGGAGCACUGGUCAGAGCAGCCAGGAAUCUUCGUUUUGUAUUCACUGGAAGGACACCUGACUCAGUAAUCAUUGAGUCUUUGGGACAGGAAGAGCGAUAUGAACUGCUAAAUGUCCUGGAAUUUACAAGCACUAGGAAGAGAAUGUCAGUGAUAGUUCGUACACCAUCAGGGAAGUUAAGACUCUACUGCAAAGGAGCUGAUACUGUAAUUUAUGACCGUCUUGCUGAAAAUUCAAAAUACAAAGAAAUCACUUUAAAACAUCUAGAGCAGUUUGCUACGGAAGGCUUAAGAACUCUGUGUUUUGCUGUGGCUGAGAUUUCAGAAAGUGAUUAUCAAGAAUGGUUAGAUGUCUAUCACCGUGCUUCUACAGCUAUACAAAACAGAGUACUCAAACUUGAGGAGAGCUAUGAACUAAUUGAAAAAAAUCUUCAGCUGCUUGGAGCAACAGCAAUUGAAGAUAAACUGCAAGACAAAGUGCCUGAAACCAUAGAGACACUUAUGAAAGCAGACAUAAAAAUUUGGAUACUUACUGGGGACAAACAAGAGACUGCCAUUAAUAUUGGUCACUCUUGUAAACUUUUGAGAAAGAACAUGGGACUAAUUGUUAUAAAUGAAGGCUCUCUUGACGGAACAAGAGAGACACUUAGCCAUCAUUGCAGUACUCUUGGUGAUGCUUUAAGGAAGGAAAAUGAUUUUGCUCUCAUCAUUGAUGGUAAAUCUCUGAAGUAUGCUUUGACAUUUGGAGUAAGACAGUAUUUCCUGGAUUUGGCUUUGUCAUGUAAAGCUGUUAUUUGUUGCAGGGUAUCCCCGCUUCAAAAAUCCGAAGUUGUAGAAAUGGUUAAAAAACAAGUUAAGGUAGUAACUCUAGCAAUUGGUGAUGGAGCAAAUGAUGUUAGUAUGAUACAAACAGCACAUGUUGGUGUUGGUAUCAGUGGGAAUGAAGGUCUACAGGCUGCUAAUUCUUCAGACUACUCAAUUGCUCAGUUCAAGUAUUUGAAGAACUUGCUGUUGGUUCAUGGAGCCUGGAAUUAUAACAGAGUAGCUAAAUGCAUCUUGUAUUGUUUCUACAAGAAUAUAGUUCUUUAUAUUAUUGAGGUCUGGUUUGCAUUUGUCAAUGGCUUUUCUGGACAAAUUCUUUUUGAAAGAUGGUGUAUAGGUCUUUACAAUGUGAUGUUUACAGCAAUGCCUCCUCUAACUCUUGGAAUAUUUGAGAGAUCCUGCCGAAAAGAAAACAUGCUGAAAUACCCUGAGUUAUACAAGACUUCCCAAAAUGCACUGGACUUUAAUACUAAGGUUUUCUGGGUUCAUUGUUUAAAUGGCCUCUUCCACUCAUUCAUUCUGUUUUGGUUUCCACUAAAAGCCCUCCAGCAUGGUACUGUAUUUGGCAAUGGCAAAACUUCUGAUUACCUGCUCCUGGGUAACACUGUAUACACUUUUGUGGUUCUGACUGUGUGUUUGAAGGCUGGGUUAGAGACCUCAUACUGGACUUUGUUCAGCCAUAUAGCAAUCUGGGGAAGCAUUGCACUUUGGGUAGUGUUUUUUGGAAUCUACUCUUCUUUGUGGCCAGUCAUUCCUAUGGCACCUGAUAUGUCAGGAGAGGCAGCUAUGAUGUUCAGCUCUGGAGUAUUUUGGAUGGGACUUCUGUGUAUUCCUAUGACAGCUUUACUUCUUGAUAUAGUAUACAAAGUAGUAAAGAGAGCUACUUACAAGACACUGGUAGAUGAAGUUCAGGAGUUGGAAGCAAAGUCUGAGGAUCCUGGGGCAGUUGUGCACGGCAAGAGCUUAACUGAAAGAGCCCAGCUACUAAAGAAUGUUUUUAAGAAGAACCAUGUGAACUUAUAUCGCUCUGACUCUUUGCAACAAAACUUGCUCCAUGGCUACGCCUUCUCUCAAGAUGAAAAUGGAAUUGUUUCCCAGUCUGAAGUAAUAAGAGCUUAUGAUACCACAAAGCAAAGGCCUGAGGAAUGGUGAAGGAACAUAGCAGGAUAUUUAGGCCUUAGUUGUUACUUUUGUGAGACAGGCUACUGGAUCUUUGGCUGUGAGCUGCAGCCAUGGUCCAGUUAUCAGACAUUGAAAGAUCUAUGAUGGUCUUGUUCCAUAAAGUUUGGAUUUGUGUAUUCAGUAGACAUAAGCACUGUGCAACUAUACUGUAACACACCAUCUCUAAAUUUUUAACAAGUAUUUGCUUAGCCUUUGUAAACAGAUUGGAAUUUACCUUGUAUCUUGCCAGCUUGCUUAUUUUACAAUGAAAUUGAAUCUAUACUGGUCAUAUACUGGAAGGGCAGUGAUCAGAUUGCUAAACAUACUUUACAUUGACAGAUCAACUAGCAUCUGUGAAGGUUUUUAAGUGUUAAUAUAUUUAAAUGCAGUUGAUAACAAGCCUUUGAUUUCAACAAGUGCUGAAAAAACCCCAGUAUCUUAAUGGUGUUAAUUCACCUUCUUUAAGAAAGAUUUUGAGUCAAGAUGCUCAUAGAUGUUCGUGUCAAACUAACGUAAAAACAUUUGCCAAAGAAGUUCCAUAAAUGUUUUCUGUUAGAAACAAUUUGCAAGGAAACUAUCUCCGGUCCUGAUCUCAGAUCUGCAUGCUUGAGUCUCCACACUUGAGGAGAAAGUACAGUGAGUCUAAUUUGAGUGGCCUUUUUGGCAUUGGCUUUCAAAAUUGCAAGUCUUUGCACCUUUGGCCUUAUACAAGCUUCCCCCUUAUUUUCAUUUAGUAUUGCAUAUGCUGAAUAUGGCUGCCAACUUGUAUAAUGGAGUACACAUAAUACUUUAUUCAAUUUUUAAGAAUUUCUCUGCCUUACUUCCCUUUAGCAGACUUAAUUAUUUUUGUGAUGCUUAGUUGUAUCUGCUUAUACUGUAGGUUCAAAUGAAAGUUUGUUUAAACUUAUUUUUUAAAAUUAAUCAAAUUUUCAACAUUUUUAUACUAAGAUUAUUUGAAAUGCAUACACUGAAAUACAGAGCAAAGCAUGCCCUUCGCUAGUCUGUGGUAUAUACUGGUUAAUUUGCACUAAAGUCACUUCCUAUAAAGGUGUGAAAUACAUUGCAGCAGCCUCUUUACAACUUAUUGGUCAUGCAGAAUACUUAUAUACUCUCACCUUUAAUCAAAAUGGAGAGGAAGUGACUGCAUAGAAUGAUACAUACCUGGUAUGAGGGAAAAAAAAAAAAGAGGGAGGUAUUAAAUGAGAACAUCAUGAUAUAUUCUUUAAAUAGUUAUACUUGAUAUUUCUCAACUUACCAUCCAACAACCAUCAGGUUUCAAACUAAGAAAAGCUACUUGAACUUUGAAAUUUAGUUAAUUCUUGCAAUUCUUUAGUCCAUGUUUAAUUCUGGGUUAAAAAGCCACCAUAAUUACAUUAAAAGUGCAAUUUUCUAUAGUGGCAGUUGGUUUUAUUGUUAAGUAAAUUUUUUAUGCAUUGCAUAGGAAUGAUCACUUUUUUCUUUCAGUGGAGAUCAACCAGAUGGAAAAGCAGAACAACUAUAUCCCCAGUGACCUGUUAAAUUAUUUCCUCUUUGCUCUUCAAAUCAUAACAAGCCAUCCAGUCCCAUCUUUCCUCUGCCCUCCUUCAUUUCUCAUAUACCUACUAAAUGUGACUUUACCUUCUUGCCUUUCAUCUAGCUAAGCGCUUAACAUGUAAUUAGUCUCACUGUCCAAAUUUCUUAUUCUCCAUUCUAGGAGAAACUUAAAAAUACACAGAGAAGGCCCAACAAAAGGCACUAUGUGAAAGUACAUUAUUUAGGAAGGUGUUCCAGUGGGAAGGCAGUCUGCAUUUCAUGUGUGUGUUACACAGUGUCUUCCUCUCACUUGCCCGAAGUGAUCUUUAAACAGAAGGCACAAGGACAAAGGGAACGUAUCCCACUAGACACAGUACUGCCAGUCAGUCAUGCAGACAAGGACUGCCUUCAGAAAAGCCAUUGCAGGCAUAGAUAAAUAGAUGGAUCAAAAUGGGAGGGCCAAAUCACUUGACCUAAGGCAAGAAAAAAUUUGGGGGCAUGCAGUUUUCCUAAAAUGGAGAUCCCUAUUUUCUGUCAUCCAAGGGACAAUGACCAACUUCAAAACAUUUCUGAAAUUAACCAUGACACUGUUGCUCCUUUAUAAUCUUUCAGUGUACUUAACUCAUGUAAAAUUAAUCUAUACAUGCUCUCUUCAUGGGCAAUUUUUUUUCUCUUCUAAUUGGUUGAAUUGCUAAUUAUGCAGAUACGGAUUAGAAUACAUCGUGAAGUAUAUACAGUGAGAUAUUUACAUGAUCUCUUAUCCUUCCUAUGAAAUAAAUUUCUGUCUUACCACUGUAAUACAAUUUGAAGAAAACAACACACAGUACAUCCCAAAUUAACUACCUUAAAAAGGAAGAAAGUGAGUGAAACAGCUCUAAGAUCCUAAAUUUAGACUAAUUUAAAGGUUUGUAAGAUAAUCUUAUCACAGCAUGUCAAGCUUACAUCCUUUCAGAAUUUGAAGUACUAUUCACAAUGUGCAUUUUUUACUACUUUCGAUGAAUUUUUCUCCUGUCUCUGUACUUUUUCUGGUAAUUAGUGGUUGAAAGAUACCACUUCUUAAAAAUAGCAAAAAAAGACAAAUGUGGCAAAAAACAGUGGGUUUUGAAUGCUCAUACAAUUCCAUUUUGAAUAUAAGAUUAUCUUAGCUCUGUGUGCCCAUUUUAAAUCAGGCCAAGUAUACAAUAUGCACUUUAUUUUCAUGUUAAGUACACAGAAACAUAAUCUAUUUCCAUCCUGUUAGUAUGUCAUGUCUUUGUUAAAAUAAGGAUAUUCUGCUGGUGUUUGUUUAGAGGAAAAAAAAACAGUUGAGGCGGAAAUGCUCAUAACAAUGCCUCUGUUUUUACUGUUCGAAAAUUCAAAAGUGUAUUAAAUAGAGAGUUCACAUGAUUUUUCCAUCUGUUUCAUGUGCACUGCAAGUUAUUAUUAAAAUUUUCCAUCUAAAAGAUGAAUCCGUGCCACUAAAAA